AUGCGAGGGCUGCUGGUGAGGGCCCUGCCUGGAAAGCCGCUGAUGUCGGCCAAGUGGCUGCAGGAGGAGCCUGAGGCUGAAGACAGAGCAGACACAGCCACAUUCCAAAGUGGAGAAGAGGCUGCUUGGAAGGACUUUGCCAGCAAAAGUAGCAAGGAAAGUGGCUGCAAGUCCUGCGGAGGGGCGCGGCUCCUCCUCGCACCGUUAGCGUCAUCAGUACGUUUCAACCGUCUGCUGGGAGGUUGCCCGGGAGACGCUCGAGCCGCAUUAUUUGAAUCUGGCAGGGCGGGCGGAUCGCGCGCGGGGGGCGGGGUCACGGUCACGGGCCCGGCUGGUGGAAGGGAUCGGACGGCGGUGACGCCGGUGGCACCAAUAAUGAGUGAGAGACCUCAUGGAGCAGCCAGGCGGAGGGGCCCAGCACCCAAGCGAAGAUCACCAUUGAGAGCAUCACCUGCAAGGUCACCACAAAGAGAGCCGAGGUCACCAAGGGUUCCUCGAAGGCCAGAAGAGCGGAGUCCCCGUGGGAGACUGCCAGUUAGUCCCAGAGCCAGACAAAGACCUCCAGCGCCUGCCUUGCGUAGGAGGUUCCGCCCAGGCACCAGGGCCUUGAUGCAGAUACGCAAAUAUCAAAAGUCGACGGAUUUGCUGAUAAGGAAGCUGCCGUUCAGCAGAGUGGUUCGUGAAGUGGCUUCUCGGUUUACAAGAGGUGUAGAUUUCAGAUGGCAAGCAAAUGCUUUAUUAGCACUGCAGGAGGCAGCGGAGGCGUUUCUGGUGCUGCUCCUGGAGGAUGCCUACCUCUGCACCCUGCAUGCCAAGCGAGUCACCCUGUUUCCCAAGGACGUACAGCUGGCCCGAAAAAUAAGGGGAAUUCAGGCAGGUUUGGGUUAACACAGCAGAACCAAGUGUUUAGGUCAGUUCUGCUAUGUUCCCCUCCCUCCUUUGUGCACCUGUGCCAAAAAAAACUUUCCUCACUUCCAAUAAGGAGACAGGACUAUUUACCAGAGAGUGGGAUAUGGGAAAUGUGCUCUGCCACUUCAUUCCUGGGCCUCAUGGUGACUCUCAGGUGAUGCAUCAUUGUGGCAUGCCCAUAUUGCCUCCUCUCUCGAAUAGAUGCUCAGUCAUUUUAAGCCAUUUUUUAUUUUAGUUGUGCCACAAUGCUCUCCAAUUGGAAGACGUCAGCAACUGAUGUCACUGAGCAUAGUAGCUGUUCUUCAGUGCAGCUGGCCAGGAUUUCUUGGCCUCCACCCCCACUUCCCCCCCCACACACCUCAAACCUAGCCAAGCUUACUGGUCUGAGAAGUGCUUGUGGAACAUACGUUGAUUAUUGAUCAGGCUGUGCUUGAUCGGACAGGAGUAUCCUGCCCCAGCACUUGUAUCUUAAUCUCAUCCUUUCCUGAGCACAAGCUUCACUGAGAUAAGUUAACACACAUUUGACCAUUGCCUAUUUCAAUAUGAAACUGGGAAUCUCUGUCCAAUAUAAAUGGUAAGCAUGGAGUAUUUGGUGAAUGUAAAUAUGGUUGGUGGAAAAAAAAAUCUCCUUUUAAGGAGGUGGCAGGGAGAUUUGUACAACCUUCUUUUCAUCAUCACUGAGCUGCAGUAAGUCUCCCACCCCAAAGAAUGAAUUUGCCUACCAGGGGAGGGGAACAAAACAAUUCUGUCCCUAUCUUGUCAGUUUUCCAGUGAAGGUUGUGCAUUUGUGCAGAGGAUGGGAUUAUCUAAUGCCAAUCGCCAGCUAGAAGGGUGAUUUGGUAUUAAAUAAUGUAAAUUUAAUUUUGACUGUUCUGUCACUAGUAGGUACAGCCAGCAAGAGAGCAGCUAUAGGGAGAUCUUGGCCAAUGAACACAUUGUGCUUGCACUCCCUGAACUUUUCUUGAGCUUUGAGAGCUGGUUUUAACUGCUGUUCCUUUACCUUUAGUAUGCAAUAGAUUUUACUUUUUUUUAAUGUACUUUUUAUGAUGGUUAAGUUUCUACACUUUUGCAGGCAGAAGAAUAGCCCCAUUGGUAAUCUGGGGACUUGUAUUGAUACUCCCUUCCCUGGCACCUUCAUGGUGGGGCCUGAGUAGCUGAAGGUUGAGACCAUGACCCCACCCUAACGCAUGUUCCCCUAACAUCUUACAACCCUCUACCUUUCUCUGUGUCCUCUGGUUGUCAUUCCCAGGUGGCUAUAACUCUUUGGGAAUAAAGGGGACAUUUGGAUAAAGCCAAACCAUCAGCAGAGACAGUGAGAUAUUAAUCAUUUUGUAGGCUGUUUUGAAGGAUGUUGGUGGGAAACCCUCCCUCUGUUAUUCUGCUGUCGGUUAACUUUAAUGCUAACAUAUCACUGAAAUAAAAAGUCCCAAAUUAAGUGAUUUUAAAUAUUAGCUUCAUCUGUGUUUCUCUGUAGUUAUUGUUUUAAAUCACUCAUCUGACUUUUAAAAAUAAUUUAAAAUAUAUUUUGCAAACAUUUCUUACCGACUUUUCUAAACCAACUCUGAAGAAACUUUCCUCCAACUGGUCAAAAAGUUGCCACAUUUUCAGUCAACCAGAAAUCGGUUUGUCCUAAAUUUUGACCCAACCCCAUUGCCUGAUGACUCCAUGAAUGGUAUGGUAAAUUUCAGGAAAAACUAAAGGCAUAAUGUAAUUGCUUGUUAUGUAACUAAGUAGAAUUGCCAGACACUGAGAUGGAAAAGAUUGCUUUUAAUGUCCAAAUGCUGUUUCCUUCAGUGCCAGGAGGUAUGGACUACCUCAUUCAAUGUGUGUGUGAGGGAGAGAGCUAUGUAUUUUUACCUGUUCAGAUUUUUUUAAAUUGUGGUCCAUUUAAAACGAUUGUUAUUAAGUAUUUUCCUCCUGUGCCAUCAGUACCCUAUUGUCAGUUCUGAUGCACUUUGCUUGUUAGUCGCACAUAAAUCUUAUUAUGCAAAGCUCCAAACUUUCCAAAAACACUUUGUGUAUAGACCUUUUGGCCCAUCAUACAUAUGUUGGCUCUUUGAAAGAUUAUCUCAAUAUCCUGCCUUUAGCCUGCAGCUUUUCAAAUGUACCUGUUGAGCAUAAAUCUUGUACAUCACCCACAGGGACCCCAUACAAGUAUCCCAGUUAAUAGUGCUCCAAUUUGUGUUACACUAUAGAAUUCCCCCCUCUAUCCCUGGAAAGUAUAAAGCUGACUGGCUGGGUCAGGAAGGUGCAAAAAAACAGUCACAAGUUUUGAAGGGCAUUGCUCCAUGUGUUACUUCACUACCUGUAUAAAGCACAGGUAUUGUAGCUGAGAUCAUGCUUAUUUCAGGUUACCAGCGCUUCCAUGUAUUAAGAGAAGUGGAAUACUUUGGAGCAUGUUUCAAAGAUUUGGGAGUUGUAAAUAGAGUUUAAAUAAAAAUCUUGAUAAUUAAGAUGCAGAAAAAAAUGUGCUUGUAUUUUCUUACUGCAAAAUGCAAUAAAAUAAAGGUUUGAGUAUUGGGUCAAUUUUGU